CACCUAGUACUAGUUCUGUUAGAGCGUGUAUAAUUAAUGCAAGUGUCUAGUCAAGUGGGUAACAAAACAAAGCCCAGAAAUGUUGUACUGACCGGGCAAUAUAAAAGUCUGAAUGGCACAGCAGUCCACAAACAAUUAAAGGGAUUCUAAAAACAUUUAAAUAAAAGCUGCCAUCCCAAACAGUGGAUCACAUCAGAUUAGUUGACUUUGAGAUUGAUUGGGAUGUCCAACCGGCGUUCUCAAAAGAUAAGUCCUAGACGCAUUGCCCAUUCUCCUUCUGAAACAGCGCCUCAUCAACCACUGUUACUCUGUCAACAGCGCUAUCCUUCUUUCCCAGGAAGAUGGACCAUGCAAGUGUCACGCCAAGGCGUCUCUCCUAUGGGAUAUUGUUGAUAAGAUGAAUGAGACACAGACUAAGAUUCGAUUACUGUCACCCCUAUCACAUAUAGACACUCUAAGUAUGUGGGUUGGCCAGAGCAAGGCUAAAGCUGAAAAGAAUCAAUUGAUGAUGUCUUCUGACAACAAAAAUUCAUGCCAGCUCUGCAAACUGGAAAAACUUACUUUUGAGCCUCCGUUGAUACAUUGCUCCCCUUGUGGUGCUCGGAUAAAGAGAAAUGCACCAUACUUUACUGUUAAUAAUGGUACUAUCCGCCACUUUUUGUGUACUCCAUGUUAUGAUGAGUCCCCUGGUGAUACCAUUGACGUUGAAGGACAUAAUAUUUUGAAGGCCCGAUUUGAGAAAAAAAGAAAUGAUGGGGAAACCGAAAAAUGGUGGGUUCAGUGCAACAUAUGUGAAUGCUGGCAGCAUCAGAUAUGUGCUCUGUUUAAUGGCAGAAGCAAUGAUGGAGGACAUGCAGCGUAUGCUUGCCCGUAUUUUUCGCGAAAACACAAAAGGCAGUAUACUUGCCAGUAUUGCCGCAUCAAAGAAGUGGAACGUGGCUUCCGCAUGCCUUUACCACAGAGUGCCGUUCUUGGGGCAACUGAUCUACCAAGAACUGUGCUUAGCGAUCAUCUAGAAGAGCGGCUUUAUAAACGGCUUAAGCUGGAGAGACUGGCUCGGGCAUCUCAGUCAGGACAUAGUUUUGACGAGGUUGCUGGGGCAGAAGAUCUUGUGGUCAGAGUUGUUUCAUCAGUGGAUAUGAAGGUUGAAGUUAAACCACGUUUUUUGGAAAUUUUUCAAGAAGAUAAUUACCCGGCAGAGUUUCCAUACAAGUCCAAAGCUGUUCUUUUGUUCCAGAAAAUAGAAGGUGUAGAAGUGUGCUUAUUUGGAAUGUAUGUUCAAGAAUUUGGUGCUGAAUGUGCUUAUCCGAACCAACGUUGUGUUUAUUUGUCAUACCUGGAUUCUGUGAAAUACUUCAGACCUGAGAUUAAAGCAGCCACCGGAGAGGCCUUACGCAAGUUUGUCUACCAUGAAAUUCUGAUAGGUUAUCUUGAAUAUUGCAAGCUGCGUGGAUUCACAAGCUGUUACAUAUGGGCUUGCCCACCUUUGAAUGGUGAAGAUUACAUUUUAUAUUGCCAUCCUGAGAUUCGGAAGACUGCAAAAUCUGGCAAAUUACGGGAGUGGUACCUAGCUAUGCUCCGAAAAGCUAUUAAGGAAGAGAUUGUUGUUGAGGUUUCAAAUCUGUAUGACUAUUUCUUCAUUACUAUGGGGGAGUGCAAGGCUAAAGUUACCGCUUCCCGUUUACCUUACUUCGAUGGAGAUUACUGGCCAGGAGCUGCUGAAGAUAUGAUCAGUCAACUUCGUCAAGAAGAAGAUGACCGAAAGCUUCAUAAGAAGAGUAAGACAAGUGGGAAUGCUUCCAAGGAUGCUAUGCUGAUGGAAAAGCUUGGGGGAACCAUUUAUCGAAUGAAGGAAGAUUUCAUUAUGGUCCAUUUGCAGUAUUCUUGCCGUCACUGUUGUAUCCUUAUGUCAUCUGGAAAACGUUGGGUGUGUCAUCAAUGCAGAAGUUUUUACAUCUGUGACAAGUGUUACAGUACAGAACAACAGCUUGAAGCUAGGGACAGGCAUCCGAGUAAUAGUAGAGACACACAUAAGCUCCAUCCGGUUGACAUUGUUGGGGUACCCGACGAUACAAAGGAUAGAGAUGAUAUCCUAGAAAGUGAGUUUUUUGACAGCAGGCUGUCAUUUCUGAGUCUUUGUCAAGGGAGCGGUUACCAAUAUGACACCCUUCGCCGUGCUAAGCAUUCGUCAAUGAUGGUGUUGUACCACCUACAUAAUCCCAGUGUACCACUGUUUGUCAAUACAUGCAUUAUCUGUGCUCAUGAUAUUGAAACUGGUCAAGGCUGGCGGUGCGAAGUUUGUCCGGAUUUUGAUGUGUGCAAUGUCUGUUACCAAAAAGGAGCAGUCAGUCAUCCUCACAAGUUGACAAACCGUCCAUAUGAUGACGAUCGUGAUGCCAAAAACAAGAAAGCCCGGCAAGUGCGUGUUUCGCAGCUAAGGAAAAUGCUUGAUCUUCUGAUACAUGCCUCGACAUGCCGCUCUGGUAGCUGGACUGGCUGCAAAUAUCCUAACUCUAACUGCCGUAAGGUGAAGGGACUAUUUCGGCACGGGAUGCUGUGCAAAACGCGUGCUUCAGGGGGGUGUGCCCUGUGCAAGAAGAUGUGGUACAUGCUUCAGCUCCAUGCCCGAGCUUGCAGAGAUUCAGGAUGCAUUGUGCCGAGGUGCAGGGAUAUGAAAGAGCAUCUUAGAAGGUUGCAACAGCAGUACGACUCCAGAAGGAGAGCUGCUGUCAAUGAAAUGAUGAGACAGAGAUUUUUUUGAUCUUUGUCUAAGAUCCAACAGCAGUCUGACUCCAGGGAUCUGAAAUUUCUCCGUUUCAAACAAGCCUUGUAACCCCUUGCAAUACAAACUCAAUUUUCUUUUAUUAGCAUCCAAGCUGUUUCCAAGACGGUUUACAAAUUUAUGCUAUUUUCCACAGGCACGCCAAUUUUGUUUGCUGAGCCGUAUGCAGUUUUUGAAUAAUGAAUUCAAAUAAACUCUUAAAUCUGA